CAAGUCUAACUGCUCCAAGAACCGCGGACCCUGCUCGCCGGUAACCAAGUGCGUGGUAAAGGCGGCCGUGCGGACAAAGACCAAACCGAAGCCAAAGCUCACACUAGCCCCUUAUGAGAUAGCCCUCGAACUGCCCAAUGAGUCGCCAGCCCCGAGCCUGGCCAUGGCAGUGGCCCAGAGCCACUCGAACUCGCAAUCACACUCGAAGCAUGCGAGCCAGAGCCAGAAUCAAAGCCAGAAGCUGCCCAGCAGCGACGAGCAGUUCCACUCCUCGGGCAUCUCCUGCAACGGCGAGACAGACGAUGACGUGGAGGUGGCCAUGCUGACGGGCAGCCUGAGUCCCGCGCAGCUGGCCAAGAUGCAGCAGGGUCUGCCCAACCGAUCCUUGGCCAUGUCUUUGCCGGUUAGUGAUUUGCGCAAUCUGAAUCUGUGCCGGAACCGCAACGCGCUUUGGCUAAACAACAAGGACACGGAUCAGCUAAUCAAAGCGGACAGGAAGGAUACGUUCUGUUAUUUCAAUAAGGCCAUUGCCGACGAUAUCCAGCUAAGCGAUAUUGAAGAACAAUUGGCCAGGUUUGAUGGCCACUCAAAGAGGCCGCCACAGCCACAGCCACAAUUACAGGUUCUGUAA